AUGUCGCAACUCAAAAACGAAAUCUCCUCUUCCGACUUUGAGGUCGAGGGAGAUGAUCGACAAGUCGCGCCCAAGGUCGGCAUGCUUCGAGCAGUCGACACCAUCCGCGUUGGCCUCACGGUGGUGGCACUGGCCGCGGGCGCUGCGGUCCUUGGUCUCGGUGCCGAUACCCUCGCCGUGUACAAGGCUACAUCGCUCCCCGGAGACUACCUGCUGCACCUGUGGCCAGAAGAUCUGGCGCUCGCUAUGAGCAAGGUUUCUUUCGUCGGCUCGCGCUAUCUCGCCCGGUCUUCCGUCUCUCUCGCUGCGCCCGUGGUUGGCCUCGUUGGUGCUCUGGUAGCCAUGUCUCUCUUUUACGCCGUCAAUGCAUCGACGAAAGUUGAUUCAAUCCAGAGCUGGAGCUGCCGCUGGGACGGUGUGUCCAUGGACAUGCACCCGCAUUUUGGCGCCCUGUGCAAGGAGAGCAAGGCUGCUCUUACACUGGCGACACUGCUAGUGCCGGUUGAGGCGCUGAUUAUUGGCGUCGCUGGCUACGAGGCUAUCCUGCUCCGCCGCAUCAACCAAGGCCUCCAUCAUUGA